GCGGCUUUUACAUAACUGUCAACAUUCAGCAUGCUGCGACCGACUCACCGGCUACCCCUAAUUUUACAACGCUUUCGGCAUGCAAAAACGCAUUGGUCCGAGCUGCGGAAGAAACAGUUCCCCAAGGACCGGGCGCUGGAAAACUUUGACGAUUUCUACGGCUCCGUGUUUGGGGCACGAUGGAAAAGCGUCCGGAUAGCGCUGCAGUGCGAACACAAGUACAUCGCACUGGUGAACCAGUUCGGCGACACGGAGGACACUAUCCGGCUGCUCCAAUCGGAUGGGGCAAUAAGCUUACGGGACAUUUACUUGGCACGCAAGAGCGCACUGGCGAAUGGCGAAGAUCAGCAGCAACAGUUGGCCGCCGGUGGGAAAGUGUUCAAGAUGGGCGACCGCGUUGCCGCCUUCCAGGCGAAUCAGGAGCGUUCGGAAACGGACAGUUUGUACCGGGCCAAUCCGAGUGCAGCUCCCAGCAGCUUGAGCACAUCGAACAGUGGGAGCGAUUCUUCCGCGGAAGCAAAGGUGGUCGAUUACAAGCAAUCGCUCGACAAAAGCUUGAAGGAUGAUUCGGAGAUCGACUACCAGCGCAUGGUCGAUCCGGCUGUUGGUACGGCAGCGGCACUGCACGAGUUUGUGCCCGCCUCGAAGCUGAAAGGCAUGGAGGACUACGUGUUCGAGUCGGAGCAUUACAAAUACUACAGCAACAGUACCGAUUUUCCGCUCAAAAUCGAAAUGGACGAAUCGUUCACCAUCCCGGAACAGCUGCACCUGUACACGUACGAACGGGCGAACGUGUCCACCUUCCGCUGUCCCCGCAAGUGUAGCACGGGGGUGUUGUCGCACUUUCUGUUCGAUGGAGCUUCCUGUUUGCCCCCGCUAGCGCUCAACGUGCAGCCGGGCGAUCGGGUGCUGGAUGCCUGUGCGGCACCGGGUGGCAAAUCGUUGCUCCUGCUGCAAACCCUGCACCCCGGCACGAUGGUAAUGAACGAUCUGCAGGAGAGCCGCUGCAACCGAAUCCGCCAGCUGAUGCGCCAGUAUUUGUACGAUUUCGACGAGAAGUGGAAGCAGAAGCGCUGCUUCAUCACGCAGUCCGAUGCGCGCAACCUGCAGGAGCACUCGAUGUACGAUCGGGUGCUGGUGGACGUACCGUGCACGAACGAUCGCCACUCGGUGAUGGAGAACGAUAACAACAUUUUCAAACCGUCGCGCGUGAAGGAGCGGCUACGGUUGCCCGAACUGCAGGCGAGCAUUUUGGGCAACUGUUUGAAGCUGUUGCGACCGGGUGGAACGCUCGUGUACUCCACGUGCAGCCUAAGCCCGGUACAGAACGAUGGUGUGGUGCAUAUGGCGCUGAGUAACGUGUUCAGUGAGAUUGGAAUGACCGUUACGAUCAAAGACCUCAGCCUGAUGAUGCAACCGCUGACGGAUAUCUUUAAAUUUGCAAACCCGACCACACUCAAGUACGGGCAGCUUGUGCUUCCCUUCCUGCCCGCCAACUUCGGACCAAUGUACAUCUGCAAAAUGGUUCGGAAUGAGUAGUAGUAGUAGAGAGAAUAGAUGUGAUGGGUAUAGGUAUAGGUGAGGCUGCAUUUAUUAUUGUUAGCCUUCGAGAGUAAAUGAAGAUUCACGCUUUAA